UUUUCCACAUUAUAAUUCAUUGUAAACGAACAGGAAAAUGACAGAGCAGGGCAGUGUUCCACUGAUAAUCCCUUUUAGCUGUUCCAUCAAUGGCUAACUGCUUGUUCUCUGUGUUCUCCCCACGCGCGGUUAUCCAAUAAUGAUGCGUUGGCCCCAUCAGAGACAUGGCGCUGCUGCUUGGCGCCAGGGACCCAGCCAUUAGCCCAGGAGAAGGAGCGCAGCAGAGAGGCCACUUCUGGAGCACAGGAGCAUGCCAUUGACAUCCAGCAUCGGCAGCCGAUCUCAUCUUCCCGCUGCAAGAUGUCUUUCCCCAGGAAAUCAAAAAAAAUCCAUUCGUCAGGAGGAGCUGGUUGUUCGUCUUCAGGCUACGAGAAAGCUGAUGAUGAGAUGUCUGGAACUACAUCUACAGAGCCAGAUCAAGCAGGCCGAGUUAUUAGUAUCAACCUGCCUCAGAUAACUAAAUUCUGUGACAACCAUGUCAGCACAGCAAAAUACAGCCUGAUAACAUUUCUGCCUCGCUUCUUGUAUGAACAGAUCAGAAGAGCUGCGAAUGCUUUCUUUCUUUUUAUAGCCUUAUUACAACAAAUCCCAGAUGUCUCCCCCACAGGAAGGUAUACCACUUUGAUGCCACUUAUCUUCAUCCUCACAGUUGCUGGCAUCAAAGAAAUCAUUGAAGAUUAUAAAAGACAUAAAGCUGAUAAUAAUGUCAACAAGAAGAAAAUCAAAGUUUUAAGAAAUGGCAAGUGGAAGAUCAUUAUUUGGAAAGAGGUUGCAGUGGGAGAUGUUGUGAAGGUGACCAAUGGACAGCGCCUCCCAGCUGAUAUGAUUAUCAUCUCCACCAGUGAACCACAUGCGAUGUGUUACAUUGAAACAUCCAAUCUGGACGGGGAAACAAACCUCAAAGUACGACAGGGCUUGCCCGUGACUAGUAAAAUUCUGUCCACUGCAGAUUUAACGAUGAUGACUGGGAGCUUAGAAUGUGAUGGACCCAAUCGACAUCUCUAUGACUUCACUGGCAACCUCCGAAUUGGGAGCAAUGGUCCUGUUCCUGUGGGACCUGAUCAAAUUCUGUUGAGAGGAGCACAGCUGAGGAACACGCAAUGGAUUCAAGGCCUUGUGGUCUAUACUGGACAUGACACUAAACUAGUGCAGAAUUCUACUAAGGCACCAUUGAAGAGAUCCAACGUUGAAAGAGUUACAAAUAUACAGAUCCUGGUUCUCUUCUGCAUUCUAGUAACCAUGGCUUUGGUGAGUGCUGCAGGUGCUGAGAUUUGGAACAAGAAACACACUGAUUCAGACUGGUACCUGAGCUCAAUUGGUCCUGUCUCAGCUAAUUUUGGGUACAACCUUCUUACCUUCAUUAUUCUUUACAACAAUCUUAUUCCAAUCAGCCUGCUAGUAACAUUGGAAGUUGUCAAAUUUACCCAAGCGCUCUUUAUUAACUGGGAUAUGGAUAUGUAUCAUCCAGAAACAGACAUGCCUGCGAUGGCUAGAACCUCUAAUCUGAACGAAGAGCUUGGCCAGGUCAAGUACAUAUUUUCGGACAAAACUGGCACCUUGACUUGCAACAUCAUGCAGUUCAAAAAAUGUUCUGUUGCUGGCAUUACAUAUGGUCAUUAUCCAGACUCCGACACUGAGCGCUCUUCUGACGAUUUGGGUCAUUUGGCUUCCUCAAAGGAUUCUUUUGAAUUUGAUGAUCCAACAUUGUUAUACAACAUCCUCAGUGAGCAUCCAACAUCUGCCGAGAUCCGGGAAUUUCUCAUUAUGAUGGCAAUUUGCCACACAGUAGUUCCUGAGAAAGAUGGCAAUGACAUUAACUACCAGGCUUCAUCUCCAGAUGAAAACUCAUUGGUAAAAGCUGCAAGGAAGUUUGGAUUUGUCUUCACUGGAAGAACGCCUGAUUCUGUCAUUAUAGAAGCUAUGGGAGAAGAGCAAAUCUAUGAACUCCUUAAUGUUCUGGAAUUUUCCAGUGCCAGGAAACGAAUGUCAGUUAUUGUUAAGAUGCCAUCAGGAAAGAUCCGACUGUAUUGCAAAGGAGCAGAUGAUGCCAUUUUUGAAAGACUUGCUGAAUUGUCAAAACACAGAGUUCAGACAUUAAAUCACCUUGAACAGUUUGCUACAGAAGGUUUAAGGACAUUGUGUUUUGCGUACACUGAUCUCGAAUUGGAUGACUACAAGCAGUGGACACAGAUUUAUAACAAAGCCAGCAUAGUUCUUCAGCAUAGAACCACCAAGCUGGAGGAAUGCUAUGAACUCAUAGAAAAGAAUCUGUUGCUGCUUGGAGCAACUGCCAUUGAAGAUCGUCUUCAAAAUGGAGUACCUGAAACCAUAGCAACAUUAAUGAAAGCUGAAAUCAAGAUAUGGAUCCUGACAGGUGACAAACAAGAAACUGCAAUCAAUAUAGGUUAUUCCUGCAAGCUUGUGUCUCAAAGUAUGUCACUACUUAUAGUGAAUGAAGAUUCUUUGGAUGCAACCAGGGAAACAAUUACUCACCAUUGUGAGGACCUAGGUGAGUCCUUGAACAAAGAGAACGAACUUGCCCUAAUUAUAGAUGGGCACACAUUGAAAUACGCACUGUCUUUUGAAGUUCGUCGCUCGUUUUUAGAUCUGGCUUUGUCUUGUAAAGCUGUCAUCUGCUGCAGAGUUUCUCCUCUCCAAAAAUCAGAAAUAGUAGAUAUGGUGAAAAACCAUGUUAAUGCUAUCACCCUGGCCAUCGGAGAUGGAGCGAAUGAUGUGGGGAUGAUUCAGACUGCACAUGUUGGCGUGGGGAUUAGUGGCAAUGAAGGCCUGCAAGCCACCAACUCCUCUGAUUACUCAAUAGCACAGUUUUCAUAUUUAGAAAAGCUUUUAUUAGUCCACGGAGCCUGGAGUUAUAUCCGAGUGACAAGGUGCAUCCUUUACUGCUUUUACAAAAAUGUGGUGCUGUACAUAAUAGAGCUUUGGUUUGCAUUUGUCAAUGGGUUUUCGGGACAAAUUCUCUUCGAGCGAUGGUGUAUUGGCCUCUAUAAUGUGAUUUUCACAGCCUUACCUCCCUUCUCGUUGGGCAUUUUUGAAAGGACAUGUAGUCAAGAGAACAUGCUGCGAUUUCCACAGCUUUAUAAGAUUACCCAGAAUGCAGAUUGCUUUAACACAAAGGUUUUCUGGGGUCACUGCAUAAAUGCCUUGGUUCAUUCCAUCAUCCUUUUCUGGUUUCCACUAAAGGCACUUGAACAAGAUUCAGUUUUUAUAAGCGGACAAGCUAUGGACUAUUUAUUUCUUGGGAACAUUGUUUAUACAUAUGUUGUUGUAACUGUAUGUUUGAAAGCUGGCUUUGAGACAACAGCAUGGACAAAGUUCAGUCAUUUGGCUGUAUGGGGCAGCAUAUUGAUGUGGUUAGCCUUUUUAGGAGUCUACUCGGCCAUCUGGCCCACCAUACCUAUAGCACCAGAUAUGCUUGGACAGGCUGGGAUGAUAGUGAACUGUGCGACAUUCUGGCUUGGACUACUUGUGGUGCCCGUUGCAUGCCUGCUAAAAGAUGUCGUUUGGAGGGCAGGCUGGCAUUCUUACCGUAAAACUUUGCUGGAGGAGGUUCAGGAACUAGAAGCCAGAUCUCAAGAUCCAUCAAAGGCAGUAUUGCGUGGUAUCAGUACAAAGAGUCUGAAUGAACGUGCUUAUCUGCUAAAGAGAGUGUUUAAGAAAACCCCUUCAAACCUCGUUCGGACCCAUUCUGUUCAUGGUCUAUCACAUGGCUACGCCUUUUCUCAAGAGGAACAUGGUGUGGUUUCACAGAGUGACAUGAUCCGGUCAUAUGACACCACCAAACAGAGAGUUGUUGCAGACUGAACAGUGUUACCUUCCUCAAGUAUUGGACUGAUGGAAAUUUUUAUCAGACAUUUGAGCAUGCGGAACACAAUCAGCGGCAGCCAAACAAACGGAUUCCUCAUUUCUGUGGCCUUAGCCUACUAGCUUGACUUAAGUUAAUUCUCACACUGACUUCUGAGAUCUAAUGCUGUACCUAAACUAUUACUGUGUUGCUGUUUUGGUCAGACUCUAAUAAUGUAAAAUUGUAGCUGCUUGUGAGAAAUAAUUGUUUAAAACAGUAUUGUAUCUUAUGUGGAACAGAAUGGAAUUGCCAACCCCUCCCCCACCCCUCAUCUUCCCUCUACGCAGUCAAAAAAUCUUUAAGUUAGUUUUAUUUGAACUGAAGUCGGUGGAUGAGAACAGUAACUCAUUUGUCCCGCAUAAGCUGAAGAUUGUUCUACAUUUGCUUCAGGUAGUGCAAUAUCUUAGAGAGGGUUGUAAAUGCAUUUACUGUCCUAGUGGAAGUCACUGCUUGUGUGAAAUCUUGUAAUUGUUGUAAAAUGCAAGCCCAAAAGCAGCUUGGCAACUUGAAAUAAAAAGGUGACAUCAGAGCUAUCCAGCCAUACCUCACGAAGGCUGUCAAUUUGAGUAAGUAUCUGGGACUCAUUCUUUUUGAACCAUUUGGAGUUGUGGUUGGUUUGUUUAAUGCUUUUGUAGUAUUCUCAUGUAUUACAAAAUUCCCCAACAAUGUUUCCAUGUGGCAUUCUAAUUAUCAAAUACUGAAAAAUCCUUUUGUUAUAGGUUAGUUAUUUGGUGGUUCAGCAAGUUGGUGUGCUGGGGAUGGAGUGGUACCACACAAAUCUCCACCUACAGUCCCUCAUGCAAUAAUCAUCUGAUUUCAGCUUCCUUCCCAGGGAGAGACUGAGCAAAGACCAGGUGCUUGCUCACAUGGCAUAAGCUCCAACUUAGGCUGCUCUCACACCUAGCUGGUCACAGGACCACAUUGCCAGAGAUUUUGCAAUAGCUUACAUUUUGCUGUAGCUUCCAGUUCACCCCAGCCCUGUCUGUAGCCCAGGGAGACCAUGAGUAAAGGAGAAAAUGAAUAUCACAACUUCUUCUCCAAAGUAUGGAACUCCUUUAGAAUUUUGGUUCAGAGAUCAACUGAAGCAAGGCAGAAAAUAGCCCUGUCUGUGCCAUAGUUGGUGUCUGGAGUUAUUUUUUUCAUUAAUUGAAAGGACAUUCAGACAUAGGCCCGGGUAAUAUCUUUUUAAAUAUAUACCUUGUAUAAUAAUUAUCAAAACGUGCAAAUGUUAAAUUAAAGCAAGCAAGGUUACACAAUUUGCAUUGUCUGUGCAAUGUCUCGUUCUUUUCAUCACCAUUAACAGUUUUUCUAUUUAAUGUAAUAAUAUGGUGACUGCAGUUUUAUUUCACAUUAACCAUGACAUCUCUUGUUUAUAGAUAAUUAAAAUUUCCUUAAUAAAAAUAUCUGAAUACAAGGGACAGUUACGAGCUGGUCCACUGACAAAUUCUGGAUAUGUUGCUUAUCAGCAGAUGAAAUUGUGCAUCUCGUGUGUCAUUUCUAAAUUUGAUCUGUUUAAUUAUCCUUUUAGACACAAGUUUGUAAUUUGUGUCUGCAGAAUGGAGUGACACUUUGGAGAGAAAUGUUUAAUUAAUUCCCUGCAGAGCAGCAGGGCCUCUGUAGAUCUGCAUAUUUUUCUGGCAGCGCUCCAGUUUCCCUUGUCCUGUUAAUGUUCGUUGGUACUUUUAAUACAAGGAAUAAAUUGCUGUGGUUCUUUCCAUCAGUUGAAGCAAAUUCCUAUUAACUAUUAACUGCUUGGCAGUGGUGUUAAUUGGUGCUGUAGAUAAUCAUUUAAGAGCUUUUGGAACAGUCUAGACCUGCUUGUGUUACACAGAAAAAGUUGCAAAUAAAAAUUUUAUAAGCUGUCUA